ACGGUUUCGUCAUGUCGGACGCCCCCGCGGGCUGCCGCGUGUAUGUUUGGCUGCGGCGCGGCUGCGGGGCCCUGGCCCACCCGGCGGCUUGGGGGAUGGCCAUCUUUCUGCUGCUGCUCUCCAGGCCUGGCACUAGUUUAUUUUCCUGGCACCCAGUGUUCAUGUCAAUUGCAUUCUGCCUCUGUCUGACGGAAGCCAUCCUGAUCUUUUCUCCAGAGGGCUCUCUUUUCUUCUGCUCCCACAAAGUAAAAGUGCAGCUGCAUUGGAUUGCGCAAGUGCUGGCCCUCGUGGCUGCCACCUUGGGCUUGGUCUUCAUUAUCUCCAGCAAGAACCGGAGCGAACUCCCACACUUCACCUCCUGGCACAGCAUCCUGGGUCUUCUGACAAUAUUGGCCCUCUAUGGGCAAGUCCUGUGUGGAUUGUGCCUACUCUUUCCACAGCUGCUAAGGAUUUCAUUAGUAGCUCAGCUCCGGAGGUACCAUGUUGUGUACGGACUGAUAGUUUACUUGCUGGCCACUUUCACUGUAGUACUGGGCAUUUGUUCUGACUGGUUUCAGGCCCAGGUCAAAGGUGUGGCUUGGUACUUAUGCUUGGGAUUGAUCUUCUGUCCAGCCCUGGUAAUUGUGAACCAGACUUCUAGAACUUGUUUGUCGAAGAAGAGACAAUAUGUUUGAGAUGUGAUCUCAGGAGGACACCCAGGAAUCAACACUUCAAUGCGAUUACUUGUGUGUUCUCUUUUUAUUAUGAUCUUUAUUACAUUCACAUUUGAUUUUCUAUGCAUUCUGCUGCUUUUGUUCUAUCGGUUGAUUGGGUAUGGACAUGCUAGAGGGAAUGAAAGAAGUUGCAAUUCAGCAGAUCUACAGAACAUCAAGCAAGGGAUUAUAAUGCAAUUAUACUGGCAAUGUUACCAGUGUAAUAAAACGUUUUAAAAAAAGAUUUUUUAAAAUUUUUUUUUAUUAAAGUUUAUUACAAAAUAAAAAUAUAAAAAGAAACCAAGUUAGAGAAAGAAAGAAUGACUUCCGACUUUGUUCAGUAUA